GUUAUAGUUAUAGUUUGCUAGCUUAGAAUAGCUUCAUUUAUUUAAGUAAUUUUGCUCUUCCUAUCUUUAAAAUACGUUGCAAUUUAUCCACGUGAUGGUUCCACUAUGUUGGUUGUUGACUUUGAAGCCACCCCUAUCGCAAACUUCGAAUUGCGUUAAUGUGACAUGGUGAGGUUAGAGCUAACAUUAGCUAACACUUGGUUGUUAGUGAAAAUAAAUCUUUUCGCUGCUGCCAGUGCUGUUUACUUAUCACGUGGUGCUGAUGCCAUUUAACUUAACCAAAAACAUCAAGUCUGUGUGGGUCACGAGAAACAUUCAGUUUUGUAGUCAGCGUGUGUGUGUGUGUGUUUGCCAAGGACUUCAUUCGGGGGCUGGAAACUCAGAUGUGGAAUCGGAUCUGGACAAGGAAGACUCCCCUCCCCAUCAAAAAAUUGCUUUCUUUAGUUAGCUAUCGAAACGUUUGCCUUAAUCACGACAUCGAUAACUAUAUGGGACAGUUAAACUCCCGGAAUGUAACUGUAGACACGGACUAAAUUUAAUCCCAUAGGAAGUUCUGGAGUUGAAUGUUUUUAUCAUGGCAGACCGCAGAGCAUUUAAUGUGGUCGUUCUUGGAAUAGGAUUUCUUUUUAUUUUUACUGCCUUCACAACCCUUGGGAACAUCGAGCAAACAGUACUGAAGAGCCUUAAAAAUGACACAUUUGCUGGAAGUGGUUACCACAGCCUCGGUAUCAUUUAUGGAGUCUUUUCAUUCUCCAAUUUGCUGGCACCUACAGUUGUGGCAAUCACCGGGCCUCAGCUGACCAUGUUUUUAAGUGGCAUACUGUACAGUGGCUACAUAGCUGUGUUCAUCACUCCUUACACGUGGUCCUUGUACUUGACCUCGGUGCUGAUUGGCAUGGGAGCUGCUAUGCUUUGGACCGCUCAAGGACACUUCCUGGUUGAUAACUCGGAUGCCUCCACCAUAAAUAGGAACACUGGAGUGUUCUGGGCACUGUUGCAGUGCAGUAUGAUAUUUGGAAAUCUGUAUGUUUAUUUAGACUGGAGAGGAAAAGAUGAAAUCACAGACGAGAACAGACGGACCAUGUUCAUAUCGCUGCUGGUGGUCUCCGUCAUCGGCACCUUGUGCUUCCUCACGUUGAGGUCGCCCCAGCAUCACGAGGAGGUCAUCUCUGAGGAGGAGAGCCAGAGCUUGCUGUCCAAACACAUGGUAUACAAGCAAAGAGCCAACUCUGCUGUGAAGGAGGCCAAGUCAGAGUUCAGGACAAUUCUGUCGCUGCUUGGCAGCAAAACCAUACUGCUCCUCAGUUGCUGCAUGGCCUACAGUGGUCUGGAGCUUUCCUUUUACAGCGGUGUGUAUGGCACCUGCAUCGGGUCCACCACCCACUUUGAAGGCCAGGCCAAAGGCCUGAUCGGUCUCUCUGGCAUAGUGGUUGGAAUUGGAGAGAUUGUGGGUGGAGGCCUGUUUGGCUUGGUGUGCAAGAACAACCGUUUCCGACGCACCUCGGUGGUCUUCCUCGGGAUGGUCGUGCACUUCGUUGCGUUCUACCUGAUCUUCCUCAACAUCCCGGACGACGCCCCGGUGGUCUUCUCAACAACCACACAGCGCCGGCCUUAUCUAGCCCCUAGCGUGUCCAUUGCACUGCUGUGUAGCUUCUUACUGGGCCUGGGAGACAGCUGUUUCAACACGCAGCUGUACAGCAUUCUUGGACGUGUGUAUGCAGAGCAAAGUGCCCCUGCCUUUGCCAUCUUUAAGUUUAUCCAGUCCAUCUUUGCAGCCAUAGCCUUCUUCUACAGUGGCUACCUGCUGCUGAGUUGGCAGUUGCUGCUGAUGGUGUUGAUGGGCUUCACCGGCACACUCUGCUUCUUCAUGGUGGAGAGGAUGCAGAACACUGGGGACCUGCAAGAAUAUUAAAAACAACUGCGCCCAUCCAGCGCUUACCUAAGUAAAAAGGACAUGAAUUCAUAGGCAUCUUUGGCACACUAAAAGAGCACUUGCACUAAUUUAGUACGAAAGCCUUACAUAGCAGUAUCAUGGCAGUAUAGCUUUGUUAUUUGUGGUAUUUUACUAAUUGUGUCUCUUGCCGUUUGAGAUUCAGUUUCUCAGAGUUAUUUUUUUUUCCUCUUGUCAUUGUUAUGACAAAAUGAACUUUUCAGAAUAGGUGUUUGUUGGUUCUGCUGUCCUUCAGCAUUUCUCUCAGGGGUUUUAUUCAUACCUUACUAAUUUCUGCAGGCUCAUGUGCAUAAUUUAACUUUUAAUAUUUAUCUUUUUGUUAUACAGUUUAAUUUGCUGACUGUAAUUGUUUUGUCUUUUUAUGCAAGCAUGAUUUUAUACCGCACAGAUGCACUACAGAAAAAAGCAGGACUGAAAGCCAUACCUGCCAUUGAGUCAGUUGGCAGAAACAAAGAAACUAUGCGCCAAUAGCAAAUUCAUAUCAUUGAUGUAAUUUUUAUCUGCUUUUCUUUGAUUUAUUCAUUUAAGUGCCUUUAUGAAAAGUGUAGUUUCUCAAGAAGAGUCAAACAUAAACAACUCACCAUACAUUUCCUAAAAAAAAGAAAAGAGUAUUUCAUUCUGAAUCAAUGCUGCCCAUUGUAUUUUACAAUGUUUAAUGUUUCAUUCAUUGUCAAAAAAAAAAAAUCCAAGUGGUUUGUUCAUUUCUCAUUCAUUUUAUAUGUUUUAUAUUAUGCUGGAAUAAAACCAUUCAUUUUUCAAUGAC